CGAGCGUCACGGAACCUGCUUGAAAUGCAGCCGAGGAGCCGGGGCGGGCGGCAGCGGUGGCGGCGGCGGCGGGGGCAGCGGCAGCCCCGGCGCCGCGGCAAGGAGUCGGCGGGCUGAGGCGCGGCGGCGGCAGCCGCACGGGGUGCGCGGGGCGCGGCGGCCGGAGCCCGGGGCCCGCCAUGGGCCGCCCCGAGCGGGGCGCGCUCCGGCCGCUGGCGCCGCUGCUGUUGCUGCUGCUGCUGCAGCUCCAGCAUCUCGCGACGGCGGCAGAUCCACAGCGCGGCGGCGAAGGGCCGGUCAAAGAGUGCGAAGAGGACCAAUUCCGGUGCCGGAAUGAGCGCUGCAUCCCCUCCGUGUGGAGGUGCGACGAGGACGACGACUGCUCGGACAACAGCGACGAGGACGACUGCCCCAAGAAGACCUGUGCAGACAGCGACUUUACCUGUGGCAAUGGCCACUGCAUCCCAGAGCGGUGGAAGUGUGAUGGCGAGGAGGAGUGUCCCGACGGCUCUGAUGAGGCCGAGACCACGUGCACCAAGCAGGUGUGUCCUGCGGAGAAGCUGAGCUGUGGCCCUGCCAGCCACAACUGUGUGCCUGCCUCAUGGCGCUGCGACGGGGAGAAGGACUGCGAGAGCGGAGCAGACGAAGCCGGCUGUGCCACCCUGUGCGCCCCGCACGAGUUCCAGUGCAGCAACCGCUCCUGCCUGGCCGCCGUGUUCGUGUGCGACGGCGACGACGACUGCGGCGACGGCAGCGACGAGCGCGGCUGCGCCGAUCCGGCCUGCGGGCCCCGCGAGUUCCGCUGUGGGGGCGGCGGCGGCGGCGGCGGCGGCGCCUGCAUCCCCGAGCGCUGGGUCUGCGACCGUCAGUUCGACUGCGAGGACCGCUCGGACGAGGCGGCCGAGCUGUGCGGCCGCGCGGGCCCCGGGGCUACCGCUGCGCCCGCCUCCUGCGCCGCGGCCGCCCAGUUCGCCUGCCGCAGCGGCGAGUGCGUGCACCUGGGCUGGCGCUGCGACGGCGACCGCGACUGCAAGGACAAGUCGGACGAGGCCGACUGCCCACUGGGGACCUGCCGUGGGGAUGAGUUCCAGUGUGGGGAUGGGACCUGUGUCCCUUCAGUCAAGCGCUGCAACCAGGACCAGGACUGUCCCGACGGGAGUGACGAAGCUGGCUGCUUACAGGAGUCAACAUGUGAGGGUCCCCGCAGAUUUCAGUGUAAGAGUGGCGAGUGCGUGGACGGCGGGAAAGUGUGUGAUGCUCAAAGGGACUGCCGGGACUGGUCGGAUGAGCCUCUGAAAGAGUGUGUUCCACCAGCGUCCCUGGGAAACAGGAGGAGGCCCAGGGGGCUGAACGAGUGUCUGCACAACAAUGGCGGCUGCUCCCACAUCUGCACUGACCUGAAGAUCGGCUUUGAGUGCACAUGCCCAGCAGGCUACCAACUCCUAGACCAAAAGACCUGUGGCGACAUCGACGAGUGUAAGGAUCCAGACGCCUGCAGCCAGAUCUGUGUCAAUUACAAAGGCUACUUUAAGUGCGAGUGCCACCCUGGCUAUGAGAUGGACACGCUGACCAAGAACUGCAAGGCCGUCGCCGGCAGAAGCCCGUCCCUGAUCUUCACUAACCGGCAUGAAGUGCGGAGGAUCGAUCUGGUGAAACGGGACUACUCGCGCCUCAUCCCCAUGCUCAAGAACGUGGUGGCGCUGGAUGUUGAAGUUGCCACCAAUCGCAUCUACUGGUGUGACCUCUCCUACCGCAAGAUCUACAGCGCCUACAUGGACAAGGCCAGCGACCUGGCAGAGCAGGAGGUCCUGAUUGACAAGCAGCUGCACUCUCCAGAGGGUCUGGCGGUGGACUGGGUCCACAAGCACAUCUACUGGACGGACUCGGGCAACAAGACCAUCUCAGUGGCCACAAUUGAUGGAGGCCGCCGACGCACUCUCUUCAGCCGUGAUCUCAGUGAACCCCGGGCCAUCGCGGUCGACCCCCUGAGAGGGUUCAUGUAUUGGUCUGACUGGGGGUACCAGGCCAAGAUUGAGAAGUCUGGGCUCAAUGGUGCGGACCGGCAAGCGCUGGUAUCAGACAACAUUGAAUGGCCCAAUGGAAUCACCCUGGAUUUGCUGAACCAGCGCUUGUACUGGGUAGACUCCAAGCUGCACCAGCUCUCCAGCAUUGACCUCAGCGGAGGCAACAGAAAGAUGCUGAUCUCCUCCCCUGACUUCCUGAGCCACCCUUUUGGGAUAGCUGUGUUUGAGGACAAGGUGUUCUGGACAGACCUGGAGAAUGAGGCCAUUUUCAGUGCAAACCGGCUCAAUGGCCUGGAAAUCUCCAUCCUAGCUGAGAACCUCAAUAACCCACAUGACAUUGUCAUCUUUCAUGAGCUGAAGCAGCCAAGAGCUGCCGAUGCCUGCGAGCUGAGUGCCCAGCCCAAUGGAGGCUGUGAGUACCUGUGCCUUCCUGCUCCCCAGAUCUCCAGCCCCUCUCCCAAGUACACAUGUGCCUGUCCUGACACAAUGUGGCUGGGCCCGGACAUGAAGAGGUGCUACCGAGCCCCUCAAUCUACCUCAACGACGACGUUAGCUCCUACCACAACGAAGACUCUAGCCGGCCCCGCAAGAGCCCCUGGGACCACCAUCCACAGCCUCACCUACCAGAACCACAGCACAGAGACACCAGGCCUGGCAGCUGUGGUCCCCAGCUCAGUUAGUGCCCCCAGGGCUCCCAGCACCAGCCCGUCUACCCCAAGCCCUGCGACCAGCAACCACUCCCAGCACUAUGGGAAUGAAGGUGGAAAGAUGGGCUCGACAGUGACUGCUGCCGUCAUUGGGAUCAUCGUGCCCAUGGCGGUAAUAGCCCUGCUGUGCACGAGUGGCUACCUGAUCUGGAGAAACUGGAAGCGGAAGAACACCAAAAGCAUGAAUUUUGACAACCCAGUGUACAGGAAAACAACAGAGGAAGAAGACGAAGAUGAGCUCCACAUAGGGAGGACUGCUCAGAUCGGCCAUGUCUAUCCUGCAGCGAUCAGCAGCUUUGAUCACCCACUGUGGGCAGAGCCCUGUCCUGGGGAGACCAGAGAACUGGAAGACCCAGCCCCUGCCCUCAAGGAGCUUUUUGUCUUGCCGGGGGAACCAAGGUCACAGCUGCACCAACUCCCGAAGAACCCUCUUUCCGAGCUGCCUGCCGUCAAGUGCAAGCGAGUGGCAUUAAGCCUUGAAGAUGAUGGACUGCCCUGAGGAUGGGACCACUCCCUUCGUGCCUCAUGGAAUUUGGUCCCAUGCACUACACUCUCUGGAUGGUGUAUGCCUGGAUGAAAGGGUUUUCUGUAUAUGGGUCUGUGUGAGUGAGUGUAUGUGUGUAAUUUUUUUUUUAAUUUAUGUUGCGGAAAGGUAACCACAAAGUUAUGAUGAACUGCAAACAUCCAAAGGAUGUGAAAGUUUUUAUAUGUAUAAUGUUUUAUACACUUUUUAACUGGUUGCACUACCCAUGAGGAGUUCAUGGAACGGCUACUGCUGAGUGACUAACACGAUGUACAUAACCAAAUGGGGCUGACAGUCCAGUAGCUUACUCAUUGUUUUAAAACUAUAUUUACAGAGGGUAUUUGGUUUGGGGGGGCUUUUUUAGGUUUUGGAGUUUGGGGUUUGAUUUUUUUUUUUUUUGGUAUAUAAAAUGAUUAUGCUUUGUGGCUAUCCAUCAACAUAAGUAAAAAAGAAAAUACUUCAACUCCCUCCCCCAUUUAGAUUAUUUAUUAACAUAUUUCAAAAAUAAGAUUAGUUCUAUAAAUAAUUUAGAGACAUGAGAGUAUUUAUUUUUGGUAUGAUUGGCCCACCAUGCAGACUCUGUGUGCAUUUACGUUUACAUGUGUAUGUGUGUGAGAGAGAAAAAUCUGUAGAGGAGAGGCGCACCUGUGGCUGUUGUUCAAGUACAUAAAGAUAAAGUAUAUUGUAAAACAGUCCACAGAGGGGUAUCUGUAGUUUUCAGAGAAGCCUUUGGAAAUUUGGCUCAAAAAAACAGAUGCCAUGGUUUGUGCAAACAUGAGGUGGGAGAGGCAGAUCUUGUCCACCUCUGGCAAUUCCCAGGACCCCGGUCAGUCAUGAAAGGCCUUGCAGUUCACCUGUGGCUGCCAUGACUCCCACUUGAGCUCUCCCUUCUGUGGCUGAGGCCAGUGCACAGACUCUGCACAGUGCCAGGAGGUCUCUUGAGCUCACGUGAGAACCUGCCUGAACCUCGGCUACUCCUCGUUUUAAAGCUCGGCAUUUCAAGUAACUGCAUUUUCCUUCAGGAUACUUGGGCUGAAUUCAUUAUGUUUCCUCUGAAGCACUCUAGGAUGCCAUCCUUACUUGUAGAGAGCUAAGUGGAGACAUUUCUAGAACAGCCCAAGCUUGCUGUAGAGACUGGCUUAGGCACUGAGCCAUGCUCAGCCUCUGAGACAUGCUGUGGGUGACGAUAGGACAGUGAGAUAGGUUUUCUUACUUCUCUCUCUCUCCCUUUCUUUACUCUCUGCCAUUUCCUUUAGGUGGGGAAUACAACGUAGGUUUGCUACCAUCAUGUGUUCAUACCGAUGAAACUCAUUUUUGGCUGAAGUCAGAAAAUGUGGCCAAAGUUGAAGUCCUACUGAGGGAGAAAUGGCAUACACAACAUUAUAGUAUAUUGGAUAUAUAUGUUCAAACAGGGAUUUGGUUCACUGCUUUGUAAAUAAAAGGAAAAACUCUGGGUAUAUGUAUAGAUUUUUUUUUUU